UAUCACGUGACCCGCUGUGACCCGGAUGUUAACUCCACACAGUCGGUAAUUUUCCCGGUCGUCUGAGAAAUGUUUGUUUAGCAUCUUCUGCAGCUUCUAUUCUUCUUUGUAACACUCUCAUAGUGCCGGGGACAUAGUUGUAGACCUGCUUCACCUUUCAUGACAUAGCUCUCACCUGCGUGUUGGCACCAGAAAGCGCGAACAUGUCUCAGGAGUUACAUCAGUCGGCGGUGGCCGCCAGCCAGACCAGCGUCCCAAAAAAUGACGUACAGAAAGCCAGUAAGACUCCUAUCCAGAUCCUGAACGAGUACGGGACUAAAAGUGGCAAGCUCCCCGCCUAUGUGCUGGAGAAAGCUGAAGGGGAGGUCCACCAGCCCAACUUUGUCUUUAGCGUAACCGUGGGAGACGUCAGCUGCAAAGGGGAAGGAUCCAGUAAGAAGGCUGCCAAACACAUGGCUGCUGAGGCUGCACUGCACGCCCUGCAGGAGGACAUCGCAGCAGUGAGUGCUGUGGUGAAGCCUGACAAUGACGCAGUAGGAACAAACCCCAACGCAGUGGGCACGCUGCAGGAGCUGGCCCUGUUGAGAAGCUGGCGUCUGCCCGAGUACAUCGUCUUAAAGGAGGCGGGCCCGUUGCACAGGCGAGAAUUCACCGUCACCUGUCGACUGUUGUGUCUGUCAGAGACAGCGGUAGGAAGCUCCAAAAAAGCGGCAAAGAAGGCGGCCGCGGAGAAAAUGGUGGAGAAGCUUAAAGCUCUGUCGGGCUCCUCAGAAAUCACAUGGACUCCUAAACCCAGAGUGCACUUGGAGAACCUCAGGAACUCGUCAGAAGAGAAGAUCUCUGCGCUGAGGAGGAACCCGCUGAGCAUUCCCAACACAGACUACAUCCAGCUGAUGUCCGAGCUGUCCAUGGAGCAGAGCUUUGAUGUGGCCUACUUAGAUAUCGAUGAGCUGACGGCCAACGGGCAGUACCAGUGCCUGGCAGAGCUGUCCACCUCCCCCGUCACCGUGUGUCACGGCACCGGCAUCUCCCACAGCAACGCUCACAACGCCGCCGCACACAGCGCCCUGCAGUACGUCAAGAUCAUCGCCUCCAACAAGUAAAAACUACCGUCUCUGACGUCUUUUCCGGCCUUUGUACUCAGUAUUUGUAACCCACUUUAGACUGCAUUGUGUUUUACUUAUUAUUUUCUAAUUGGUAUGUAUGACAAGGCACUUAGGGCCAGCUUUUAUGUUCUGCUAGGAUUUUAAACCCGGUCAGAAAGUAAAAUAAACUGAAUAUAUCCAUCAGUA